AUGCACAGUCUAUGGCUUGGCGAAAGUACCCUGAACGAGGAUAACCCGGAUGCGAAACUGUUGGACGAUUCAUAUCCACAACAUUUUAAGAGUAGUUUAGUUGAAAGAUGGGGUGAGCUGAACAUUCAGCAGGUAAAGGUUUCAUUGUACACAGCUGGUGAGGAGGUGACAUAUUUUAUUUUCGAUGGUACCGGAAGUGACAAACACAACUGGUUUUCUCAAGAACGAUUAGUGGAUAGUCCAUACAGUGAUCUGACAAGUACUACAGUUACUAACUACUUUUCCAUUGAAGGUCACACUGAAGUCGGCCGCACGUUUUUCAUAAACGGGCAGUAUGGGGGAUGCCACGUCGACUAUGGUUGGUUAGUUGUACGUACAGCAGAAGAGGCUUGUGAUUGGGAUGAGACCGGGCAACCAGAGUCGGGGUUUCCAACUUUUCUGUACUCUGAGCUAAAACCAUUCGGAAAUACGUGGAACGAUGAUUCUCCUGGUCUUGCGGAUAUAUUCGCGAUAUUUAUAAAGUCGCCAGAUAUAGAGCACCCAUGUGAUCCAGCCACAUACACGGAAAUUGACAACCCAUUUCGCAGUGUAUCUUUCCUAUCCAGUCAUUUUGAAUCUGAGGAUGAGUAUGUAUGCGAUGCUGAGUUGAAUAAAGGGUGGUAUAAAUUUAGUAGUGUGGCCGGCAAUGAUAUACCAACUUCGUGUGUGCCAACUGGACACUGUGGGACGCAGUUUCCAGCAUGGAUCAAUGAUGUCAUACCUGAUGUUAAUGACUGUAAAGAUGUGACACUGUGCAUAAAUGAAGGCGCAGACAACUGUUGUGAUCGCGCAAUAAGUAUUGACGUGAUGAACUGUGGUGAUUUCAACGUCUACUAUCUCGAACCGUUAGAUGGUUGUCCAGCGGCAUAUUGUGCAGGAGAUCUGGAGCCAUGCCCACCGGGUCAACGGUCAUCGAAUGGACUCCAGCCUGGCUGCUCGAACAACUACCCGAGAAUGGAAGGAGAUCCGACAAUCGAAGCAUUUUAUGAUGAGAUCAAUAACUACGCGUAUUUAGUAUGCUCUAUAAAUUACGAGAGAGAUUCAUCGAUACUAUACACUGUACAGUGGCUUGUAAACAAUGAAGUCGUCAAGGAAACCAUAUUGUCAGAUGGUCAUACAGAUGAUAUCCUUGAUGAAAAUUCAUAUACACUUGGUUCUCAUGUCAAAUGUCGUGUCAGCUGCAAGUACAGAGGUUCGGACAUUGAUAGCCCGACAAAAGAAAGUCACGAACAAACCAUUGACAUAGCGGUUGUUCCGCGAAGUAUCACUGUCAGUGAAUCCCAACAACUCCCAAGCCACGUGUUCGUGCGAGCAUCAGUGCCGAUGUCGUGUACAAUAAGAGUGAAGGCACAAAGAGUAAUUCAAGGUCGAUCUGAAGUGGUUUUCAGUUCAUGUCUGCUACACAUCGAAUACGACACCUUUGACCGUUUAUUAAACGUCAAAAUAGACGCAGUGCGUGAUUUCCAACAAGACGGCGACCAGUAUUUAACGGUGUAUUUUGAGCCCACUGGUGACUGUUCCGUGAAUGUUGAACCCGGAUAUAGAGAAACCACCUCAGUCGAAGUACAUGAUAAAGACACCGCUCGUUGUACAAGUAAUGGUGAUCCACAUUUCGUGACGUAUGAUGGAACAAAAUAUGACUGUUAUAUGGCUGGAGAUUUUGUAUUGCAUAGAAGUACUAGCCGGAAUUUUGAGGUUCAUACACGGACCUGGCAAUGCUGGGCCGUUUACUGCAACUGUGGAGUUGCUAUACGGGAAGACAAUGAAGUCGUAAGGAUUUCUAUGUGUGACGGAGUUUGGGGUGAAACGGCUCCUCAAUUGGAGAGAAUUAUAGGUGACUCCCCAAGAAUGCAAAUAUUACGAGACGAGAGUGGUAAACGUUUUACAGUACAGACGCCGUCUGGUAGUACGGUCACCAUCGACGUCGAAUCAUGGGGUAUGAAUGUGCAGAUUGUUGUUCCAAGUGACGAUAUAGAAAAUACGCUAGGACUGUGCGGAAUAUUUGAUGUUGACCGGAGCAAUGAUUAUACAAUGGUUAAUGGCGAACGCCUCGACUAUACCGUUGUUGGAAGACGACCCGAUGAAUUUUGUUCCAGUUGGAAAUUGAACCAAGGGGAGAGUUUAUUCGAAAGCCUGCCAGAUAUUGUUGAAUCAGACGAUAGCCAGGAAUCUAUUAAUGACGAUGAUGGUGAUACUAUGUGUGAAUGUUUUGAUGACGUGGUGUUGGAAGAAUGUGGCGAAGGGACAGGUGUUCAACCACCGCCGGACGUAUUCUCUCGUAUGGAUGUAACUACUGUCAACGUAGGUAGGCGAUCGGCUAUUACCGCUGAAAAUCAUGAAAACCAGCCAGUGAGGAGGAAAAAACGAGAGGUCAUUACACCCGAAGCAACAAUACAAGUAUCAGUCAGCUGGCCAACUCGCAGUGGUAUAACUCGCGAUGAGGCCGAGAGUCGGUGUCGAUCCGCAGUGUUGAGCUCUCCGGUGGCUGAAUAUUGUACGUCGGUACAUAACGUGGACUUGUUUAUCGGUGUGGAUGGAUGUGUUGAAGACAUAUCGUUGAUUGAUGGUUUUGACCUUGUAUAUAUUGCGGUACGGGAGAUGGAAUAUCACUGUGAAUUUGAAGUUCUAAAGAACGUAACCUUGUAUGAGAAUGUGAAUGGAACUUAUGUGCCGCCAUCUGUUUUGUAUAAUUCACUUUGCUAUACACGAUGUAGUGAACAGGGCAGAUGCGAGAAUGGAUCAUGCCAUUGUAUUGAAGGAUAUGGCGGCGCUGACUGCUCUGUUGAUCUGUCUCAACCUCCAAGUGUGUUAUUGGUAGAAGGCGACCGAUAUCAUGGGCUGUGUGACGCACGCACCGAAAACUGUCAAUUUCCUUCCCUAGUUGGGAAUAAUUUACUUGAUUCCAAUGAUUCGUCAUGCCAUUACGCAAUCACUGAGCAUAUCGAUGGCGAUUGGUCGGAAACUGCAGUUGGUAACUUACAUGAAACCGGGACAUUUUUUAUGAGUUUCCGCGAAGUAUAUUGUCAAUUUCCAGAAUCUAUUAUAACCACUGCACACUCGGAAGAAAAGGGUACAACGUUCGCUACUGUGAUUGUAUACGUGAGCAACGACAGGGGAGCUACAUUGAGUAAUGGAAUGGUAUUGACAAUGUAUGAUUCGAUAUGUAUCGAAUGUAAUGACAAUAGAAUGUGUCGCCUUAAGAACAAUGCGUGUGAAAUUAAUGGACAUUGUUAUUCAUCUGGUGAGUACCAUCCAAGUGACUCUACGAUGCAGUGCAUUCCUGACAUAUCUCAGGACACCUGGACUGAUACGGAUAAUACUUCGCUUGCCAUUGGUUUGUCUAUAGGCGGCUUCGUUAUGGUGGUGGGAGCCACGGUUAUUGCUGUAUGGCGUUAUAAGAAAUCUAAGAAUAUGGUUCAAGAUACAGAAUGA